AUGAAACGGCGACAAAAGAGGAAACAUCUGGAAAUUGAAGAGGCUAAGGAAACUGAUGAGAAGGCAGGAGGAAUUUCAAAGUCACAAGAGGAUGUCCCUCAGCCCGAAUCCACUGGAAUGGCCAAAGCCCAGAGCCCAGGGGUAGGGGAGGUCUCCUCUGCAUCCGAAUACUUCUCCUGUGUUUCUUCUCCACACAAGCUCAUCCAUCGUAGCAAGGGAAUCCGGAAAUUACAAGGCAGUUCCAAGCCUAGAUCGCCAUUAGACCAGGUCCCAGAAGGAGAGGCGACUACUGCCCUCUCCCAACAUGUCUCAUCAUCUGGUCCAUCCUAUAAGACUUGUGAAUCCUCUCUGUGUAUAAACAGAGAGGACAGGGCGAUGAAAAUAUAUUACAUGCAGGUGCAAAUGAAAAAAGGUGUGGCUGUCUCCUGGGACACAAAGGAAACCUCAGAGUCCCUAGAAAAGCAGCCAAGGAUGGAAGAAGCCACCCUCCCUGAGGGUGUGUGGGUAGGAACUCCACCCUCUGAUGUGUCCACCAGAAACCUCCUGUCGGACAGCGAACCCAGUGGGGAAGAGAAAGAACACGAGGAAAAGCCAGAGUCAGACAGCCCACCGGGAUCACCCGUGGUUGAGGAGAGACCCAGGGCCAAGACGCCCGACUGGCUGGUGACCAUGGAGAAUGGCUUCCGGUGCAUGGCUUGCUGCAGGGUCUUUCCCACAGUGGAGAGCCUCCAGGAGCACGUGCAGUACGGGAUCAGGGAGGGCUUCAGCUGCCAUGUUUUCCAUCUCACCAUGGCUCAUCUGAUCAGCAAUGCGGAAUCAGAGGGCACCCAGGAGGAGGAGGAAGACAGCAACGAGGAAAAACAGAAACCCAAGGAAAGGAAGGCCGAGGGGCAGCAGACCACAGAAGAUGUUGGUGUGAAGAAGCCGUGGAGCCAAUGUCCAGGCUAUGUGUUUGAUUCUCCAAAGGACAGAACAACUGAGAUUCCUGGGCCAGAAGAACUUGCAAGAUGGGGUGGCCUUCUCUUGGGAGAGGAAGAAGAAAGGACCCUCGAGAGCCCAGUGGCAGUAGACAGAAUGCCAAUAGCGUAA